UUCUUAUUUACAACAACAAAGAUAGUGAUAAUCAUUAACGAGUGUACUGAUAACAUCAACAGAAUAGCAUAACAACGUAAAUAACUGUAUUAAUAAUACCAAGUUUCGGGAGAGAGAAUAAUUUCUAACCAUGACGUCCAACGAUUCGGGAGUAGAAAGCAGUACAGACAAUGAUGAAUGUGCUCAGCCUCAACUUAGCAAGAAACUGGUAUCGUCAGCGGAAUAUGCCUUGGUACCAGCAGGUAGAACGAGAACUAAUGAUAAGUCACCCAUGGCUAUGCGCUUAAACAUUAGCACCGACCCUGUUGUGUUUGCAAAACCCGUGUUUGAGGAAAUUCCGGGCCGCAAGCUCAAAUGUCUGUUCGAAUUGGCCAAUCCCGCACUCCCAGGACCAUUGGACAGAUUUCAAUCUUGUUUAACUCCCAUACAAGAGUAUACAGAAAUGUUGCUGGAAAUGGAUAGACAAAGUAGUUCAUCUCAAUCGAAAAGCAAUGUGGGUCCAUGCCGCGUGCAUGCGUGUCGUGGAUACAUCAAACAUAGACAAAAAGUCCUUAACUUCAGAGAUAGUCACAGACUCUGUCGUGCAGCAUCCUUAAAUAACACAGAACUUUUAGAACAAAUGUUGAAGGCAGGUGUUAAUCCAAAUUGCUGGGACAGCAGAAAACGCACACCUUUACAUUUGGCUGCAUGUAAAGGUUACACCGAAGCUGUAAGGUUGUUAUUAAAAUAUGGUGCCAAUCCAAAUAUCAAAGACUCGCUUGGAAAUAAUCCCUUACAUUUGGCUGCUUGUACACAUCACAUGGAAGUAGUGACAUUGCUUUUGAAGGGUGGAACUGAUGUUAGUAGCUGUGAUGCUCAUGGUCGAAGUCCUUUACACUUAGCCCAGUCCAAGCUACGAUUAUUGACACAGUAUAAGAACGAUGAUGCUUGCUCAUGUAUCAAAGAGACUGUACUACAAGUAAUUGACAUGUUGCUUGCAUAUUUUGAUAAACAGCAAGGCAGCUCAGACGAAGCUGAACUCCUUAAUGCGUUCCAAUCUCGAUUAAAGAUUUCAGACACCGAAGAACGAGUUAGUACUGAAAUUCAAGAUUUAUUAAACAAUUUGUCAACUUUAAAGUUGAAUAAAUAAUCAUUUUAUACAUCCAUUAAUGUAAUUUUUUUUUUGCAUAACUAGAAUUAUUACAUAUUAUUAUUGUCUCAUUAGAGAAAAUCGUUUUGUACUAUUUUUAAUUUUAAUUUUUGACCAAAAGUUAUACCAAUAACAUUUUUAUUAUUGUAUUAUUGAUGUACAUAUAUAUAAUUUUUUUUUGGAGUGGAUCUUUGUAAAUUAAUUUAUUUUUAAUCAAUGUUUUUUAAAAAUAGAAAAUUAAUUAAUCACUCAAAUUUGUAGUAAAUACAAUUUGACAAGUUAUUAUUUAUUUCUGAAACUAAAUGUAGGAACAAUGCACAU